AUGAGUAAAUUACAAUGCGAACACACACUCCAAGGACACAAGGGACGUAUUUGGUGUGUAUCAUGGCAUCCAAAGGGUAAUGCAUUUGCCUCGUGUGGUGAGGAUAAAACCAUAAGGAUUUGGUCACUGUCGGGUAAUACUUGGACAACAAAAACAAUACUCUCGGAUGGACACAAACGGACAAUACGCAGUGUGGCAUGGUCAAAGUGUGGACAAUAUUUGGCAUCGGCAAGUUUUGAUGGCACGACAGCUAUUUGGUCGAAGGCGUCAGGUGAAUUUGAAUGCAAUGCCACAUUGGAGGGCCACGAAAACGAGGUGAAAAGUUGUAGCUGGUCCAGCUCCGGCUCAUUGUUGGCCACAUGCUCCCGCGAUAAAUCCGUUUGGAUUUGGGAAGUCACUGGUGAUGAUGAUUUUGAAUGUGCCGCUGUCUUAAACGCCCAUACUCAGGAUGUCAAACGCGUUAUAUGGCAUCCCACGAAGGAGGUCUUGGCUUCAUGUUCCUAUGAUAACAGCAUUAAAAUGUAUGCCGAAAAUGCCCUGGAUAAUGAUUGGGAAUGCACGGCCACACUGGGUGGACAUUCCAGCACGGUCUGGGCUAUUGAUUUUGAUGCUGAGGGAGAUCGCCUUGUUUCAGUUAGUGAUGAUUGUAAUAUGAAAAUAUGGCGUGCCUAUGCUCCUGGUAAUCCUGAAGGUAUUGCUACGCCGGAUAAUGAAACCGUUUGGAAAUGUGUUUGCACCGUGGCCGGGGAGCAUUCUCGUACUAUUUACGAUGUAUCAUGGUGUAAAUUGACGGGACUUAUUGCCACAGCUUGUGGUGAUGAUGCCAUUAGAAUAUUCAAAGAGGAUGAAGAGACUUCAACGAAAAAUGAACCGGUGUUUGUUCUGGCCACAGCUCAAGAUAAGGCCCAUAUGCAAGAUGUCAAUAAGGUCACAUGGAAUCCGGUUGUACAACAUCAACUUGUGUCAUGUAGUGAUGAUGGUACCAUUAAAAUUUGGAAGUUUGUGGAAUAAUAAAGUGUUAACAAAGAGAUUUAUUUUCAUACAAUAA